ACUUCCAGUUCCCCUCCAAGGUGCUGUAGUGGUUGUGAGUACCCUGUCCUGUCUCCACUUUGGGCCUGUGCAGGGGGUCUAGGGCAGAUGAUGUCCCCCUCUGAAGGUUAAUGUCCCCCCUCUGUUAAGUGACCAUUCUCUUUGAAGCUUAGCCAGCUAGGACACAGGAAGGCUUAGCCAGAGUCAGCAAGGUGUUGCCAUGGUGACUCUAAAGCCAGGCUGCUGCCCAGCACAGGCCUCUCAGUCUACCCCCACUAGAAAACAACACCCAAGCACUUUCCACCACCUCUCAAAGGUGAAACCCAAGGCUAGUCUAGAGGAUGAAUUAUGGAUCCUGCCUCUCCACGCCACCCAGCCAGUCCCAGCUGCUCAGACACUGAGGAGACUUAGGUCUAGUCACAAGCAAGAAGACCUAGCUGGUCUCCAAGCAGUGCCUCCAAGGCCCCGAACCUGUGACACCAACCCCAGGCCCAUCAGGCACAGAGGCCACCAUGGCGAAAGAGGAAGAUGAAGAGAAGAAAGCUAAGAAAGGAAAGAAGGGCAAGAAGGCCCCGGAGCCAGAGAAACCCAAACGCAGCCUAAAGGGCACCUCUCGGCUGUUCAUGGGCUUCCGAGACCGCACGCCCAAGAUCUCCAAGAAGGGUCAGUUCCGGAGCGCAUCGGCCUUCUUCUGGGGCCUCCACACUGGCCCGCAGAAGACCAAACGCAAGAAGAAGGCCCGUACUGUACUCAAGUCUACCUCCAAGCUCAUGACGCAGAUGCGUGUGGGCAAAAAGAAGCGAGCGAUGAAGGGAAAGAAGCCCUCGUUCAUGGUGAUCCGCUUCCCGGGACGGCGUGGCUACGGCCGCCUGAGGCCUCGCGCCCAGUCGCUUAGCAAGGCAUCCACAGCCAUCAAUUGGCUGACCAAGAAGUUCCUCCUCAAGAAGGCGGAGGAGUCAGGCAGUGAGCAGGCCACCGUGGAUGCCUGGCUCCAGCGCUCAAGCUCCCGAGUGGGCUCGCGAAAGCUGCCCUUCCCGUCGGGCGCUGAGAUCCUGCGGCAUGGAGGCCGGCUCCGCAGGUUCCCCCGCAGCCACAGCAUCUACUCAUCCGGGGAGCCCGUGGGCUUCCUGCCCUUUGAGGACGAAGCCCCCUUCCGCCAUGCAGGCUCCCGCAAGUCACUGUAUGGGCUCGAGGGCUUCCAGGACCUGGGUGAAUAUUAUGACUACCACCGUGAAGGCGACGACUACUAUGACCAGCAGUCGCUACACCAUUACGAGGAGCAGGAGCCCUACUUGGCUAGGUUUGGUGCAUACAGCCCAGCCUGGCCACCCUAUGAUGACUACGGGUACCCAUCCGGAGACCCGUACAACUACUACCAUCCUGACUACUAUGGUGACACCCUCUACCCGGGCUAUGGGUAUGGCUAUGGCUACGAUGAUUUUGAGCCCCCAUAUGCGCCCCCAUCAGGGUAUUCAUCUCCUUACAGCUACCACGACAGCUUUGAGGAUGAAGCCUACCCAUACAGCUACUACCUGGAUCCCUAUGCACCUCACCACAUGCUGUACCCACCCUAUGACUUUCCAUAUGACACUCCUUAUGACAUACCCUACUUUGAUCCCUACGGCGUCCCCUAUACUGAAGGCGUCUAUGGUGGUGGGGCUGAGGCCAUCUACCCUCCUGGGGUGCCCUAUGUAUAUCCAGAAGAGCCAGCUUUGAUGUACCCCUGGGUGCCACCACCCAUAUUGUCGCCCCACAACCCAUAUGCCUACCCUAUGGAUGACAUUGCCGAGCUGGAGGAGCCGGAAGAAGUGGGCGGAGAACGGCAGAGCACCUCCUUCCGCCUGCCCAGCGCCGCCUUCUUUGAGCAGCAAGGCAUGGACAAGCCAGCCAGAUCCAAGCUGUCCCUCAUCCGGAAGUUCCGCCUCUUCCCACGGCCUCAGGUGAAGCUGUUUGGGAAGGAGAAGCUAGAGGUGCCCCUGCCACCCUCUCUAGACAUCCCUUUGCCUUUAGGGGAUGCAGAGGGAGAGGAUGAAGAGGAGGAGAUGCCUCCAGUGCCCACGAUGCCCUACACCCACCCUUACUGGAGCUUCCUCACACCACGCCAGCGAAACCUGCAGCGGGCCCUGUCGGCCUUCCGUGCCCGCCAAGGCCUAGGCUUUGGCCCUGAGUUUGGCCACCCAACACCACGCCCAGCCACCUCGCUGGCGCGGUUCCUCAAAAAGACGCUGUCAGAAAAGAAGCCCAUCCCACGGCUCAGGGGCAGCCAAAAGGCCCGAGGGGGGCGGCCCGCAGUCAGGGAAGCAGCCUACAAACGCUUUGGCUACAAGCUGGCCGGCAUGGACCCGGAUCGGCCCAACACACCCAUUGUGCUGAGACGCAGCCAGCCACAGGCUCGAAACAACAACAACUCCCACGGCCCACCCUCACCCAGGCCCACGCCACGGACCCUCACCCACUGGAGCGCACUCAUCUCCCCUCCAGCGCCUGGGCCAUCUCCCAGCCCUGGCCCACCGCCAGCUCCACCCUUCUCUCCAUCCCUUUCCAGGCCUCCACGGCUAGCUUCCCCCUACAGCUCACCCUAUGGCUCCCUCCGCCAGCAUCCACCACCCUGGGCUGCCCCAGCUCAUGUGCCCUUUACACCCCAAGCGAAUUGGUGGGGCUUUGCUGAGCCCCCUCCUCUGAGCCCGGAGGUUACCCCUGACCUUCUGGCCUUUCCUGUACCCCGGCCCUCUUUCAGAGCUUCCCGCAGUCGAGGUGCAGCUUUUGGCUUCCCCAGGGCUUCUCUGAUAGGGUCAAGGAGAAGGCCCAAUCUGCCCUCGCCCCAGCCCUCUUUGAGGAGCCUGCCAGGGCAAGGCUACCACUCACCUUUGGGGCCAUUGUCUCCUCAGCUAUCCCUCCGAAGGGGCCCCUUCCAGCCACCCUUCCCACCCCCUCCACGGAGGCCUCAGUCACUUCGGGAGACCUUCUCUCUGCAUAGAACCUCUGGGCGCCUGCGCCCACCCCGCUCACCAGUGCUAGGUCCCCGCCGACCACCCUCACCACCCCCACUCCUGAACCAUGGUCCCCGGCACCGGUCCCUCAACCUGCCCUCACGCCUUCCACGGACCUGGCGGCGCCUCAGUGAGCCACCUACCCGGGCCGUGAAGCCAUGGGUACAUAGGCCCUACCACCCACCACCCAGUGCUGGACCCUGGGCCACAGGGUCUUUGGAGCACCAAGAGAACCAGCAUGAGCCAGAAGACUCAGAGACGCCUUGGACAGUGCCCCCACUGGCCCCCAGCUGGGAUGUGGACAUGCCUUCAACACAGCGCCCACCUUCUCCAUGGCCAGAAAGUGCAGGCAGCCUCAGAGGCUUCUCCAGGACUUCUCCUGUGCCUGAAAACCCCUUGCAUGAGCACAUGAGCCCUGUGCAUGAACCACAGCCCGAGGACCAAGCCUCCAAUCUAACUGGUAUCUUCCUGAGCCAACACCAUGACCCAGGGCCUGGGCAACUCACCGAGUCAGCCAGCCCAAGCUUGGAGAAUCCUGAAGAGGCAGUCACCCCCGGGGACCCUCAGCCACCAGCUGAGCCUGAGACCCUGAACCCAACACCUCCCAACAAAAAUAUUUGCUCAGAGAGGAAGGAUUUACAACUCAGCCUCUCAUACCCACUGGUCACACAUAAGCAGGCAAGGGCUACAUGGCCACUAUGGCGACGCUGGAAGACAUUGUCCAGAACCCCAGCUCCCUUGGCCCCCACCAGAGCCCCAGGACCCUUGUUCAAGACAGGGAAGAAACCCCAGGCUGAGCCUGGGCGGUUCGCGGUCGUCAUGCCUCAAGUACGAGGGCUGAGCUCCUUCCAGCGACAAGGGUCUGCUCCCCUGCAGCCUCCAGAGCACCCAGACCGAGACCCAGAGCAUGGCCCAGCACCUAAAGCCUGUAGUCUACGCUGGCCCCGCCUCUGGCCACCAACAGAUGCUCACUGUCCCUGGCCACAAGUACAAACCCACUCCUUUCAAUCCUACCUCCGGGGCCGUAGAAGUGACUGCCUGUCUCAAAGGGGCCCCUGGAAAAAGCAUGGCCCCCAAAGCUGGCAGAACAAGAUGCACUCCAUCCGCAACCUGCCUUCUGUGCGGUCCCGUGAGCAGCACAGGGAAGACGGUGUGGAGGACAUGACGCAGCUUCAAGACCUCCAAGAGACCACUGUGCUAUCCAACCUGAAGACCAGAUUUGAACGAAACCUCAUCUAUACCUAUAUCGGCAGCAUUCUGGUGUCGGUGAACCCAUACCAGAUGUUUUCCAUCUACGGGCCAGAGCAGGUGCAGCAGUACAGCGGGCGUGCCCUGGGAGAGAAUCCCCCGCACCUCUUUGCAAUUGCUAAUCUCGCCUACGCCAAAAUGCUUGAUGCCAAACAAAACCAGUGUGUCAUCAUCAGUGGGGAGAGUGGUUCUGGAAAAACUGAGGCCACGAAGCUGAUUCUCCGCUGCCUGGCUGCCAUGAACCAGAGGAGGGACGUCAUGCAGCAGACGGAUGCCCAGGAGGUGGCCUCUGUGGUGAGCGCCAGGGAGAUCCAGGCUGUGGCCGAGCUGCUUCAGGUCUCCCCUGAGGGCCUGCAGAGGGCCAUUACCUUCAAAGUGACUGAGACCAUUCGAGAGAAGAUCUUCACACCCCUAACUGUGGAGAGUGCCAUAGAUGCCAGGGAUGCCAUCGCCAAGGUCUUGUACGCACUGCUGUUUGGCUGGCUUAUCACCAGGGUCAAUGCUCUGGUGUCUCCAAAACAUGAUACGUUGUCCAUCGCCAUCCUGGACAUCUAUGGCUUUGAGGACCUGAGCUUCAACAGCUUCGAGCAACUCUGCAUCAACUAUGCCAACGAGAACCUUCAGUACCUGUUCAACAAGAUUGUCUUCCAGGAGGAACAGGAGGAGUACAUUCGAGAGCAGAUGGACUGGCGAGAGAUCGCCUUUGCCGACAACCAGCCCUGCAUCAACCUCAUCUCCCUGAAGCCCUAUGGCAUCCUGCGCAUCCUGGAUGACCAGUGCUGCUUCCCACAGGCCACAGACCACACCUUCCUGCAGAAAUGCCAUUACCACCACGGCGCCAACCCACUCUACUCUAAGCCCAAGAUGCCACUGCCAGAGUUUACCAUCAGGCACUAUGCAGGCAAGGUCACCUACCAGGUGCACAAGUUCCUGGACAAAAACCAUGACCAAGUGCGUCAAGACGUGCUGGACUUGUUUGUUCACAGCCGCACGAGGGUGGUGGCACACCUCUUCUCUAGCCAUGCUGCACAGACUGCCCCUCCACGGCUGGGCAAGAGCAGCUCCAUUACCCGACUCUACAAGGCUCACACUGUGGCAGCCAAGUUUCAGCAGUCACUCCUGGAUCUGGUGGAAAAAAUGGAGAGGUGUAACCCCUUGUUCGUGCGUUGCCUGAAACCCAACCAUAAGAAGGAACCAGGUCUCUUUGAGCCAGAUGUGAUGAUGGCGCAGUUACGCUAUUCAGGGGUGCUGGAGACUGUGCGCAUCCGCAAGGAAGGCUUCCCAGUGCGACUCCCCUUCCAGGUGUUUAUCGACAGGUACCGCUGUCUGGUGGCCCUCAAGCUCAGUGUGCCAGCGGAUGGGGACACGUGUGUGUCAUUGCUCAGCCGGUUAUGCACAGUCACUCCAGACAUGUACCGUGUUGGGGUUAGCAAGCUCUUCCUCAAGGAGCACCUGCACCAGCUCCUGGAGAGCAUGCGGGAGCGAGUCCAGAACCGGGCUGCCCUCACCCUGCAGCGCUACCUUCGAGGCUUCUUCAUUCAGCGGCACUUCCGCUCCCUGCGGCGGAAGAUCAUCCUGUUGCAGAGCAGGGCCCGUGGCUUCCUGGCUAGGCAACGCUACCAGCAGAUGAGGCAGAGUCUGGUGAAGUUCCGUUCCCUGGUGCACACCUACGUGAACCGCCGCCGCUACAUCAAGGAGCUCAGCAAGCGUGAAGUGGUGCCAGUGAGGCACCUGGAGGUGCCAGCGGAGGUGGCGGGGCUCCUGCAGGCGGCAGCCGGCCUCAAGCCGUCCAGUGUGCCCCGAGUAGCCAUUGUCCGGACUCCUAGGCUCCAGACGGAGCCCUGCGUCACCCUUCCCCUGGACAUCAACAACUACCCCAUGGCCAAGUUCAUCCGAUGCCACUUCAAGGAACCCUCCUUUGGGAUGCUGACAGUGCCCCUGAAGACGCCUCUCACACGGCUACCUGUGGAGCACCAUGCUGAAGCCAUAAGUGUUUUUAAGCUAAUCCUGCGUUUCAUGGGAGACCCCCACCUGCAUGGCACCCAGGAGAUGAUCUUGGGGAACUACAUCGUGCACCGGGGGCUGGUGGAGCCAGAACUGAGGGAUGAGAUCCUAGCCCAGCUGGCCAACCAGGUGUGGCGCAACCACAAUGCCUACAAUGCCAAGCGUGGCUGGUUGCUGCUGGCCGCCUGCCUAAGCGGCUUCGCACCUUCCUCACACCUUGACAAGUUCCUCCUCAAGUUUGUGUCUGAUUAUGGGCAGAAUGGCUUCCAGGCUGUGUGCCAGCACCGCCUCCUGCAGGCUCUGGGCUCGGGGGCUGCCCGCACCUUCCCCCCGACACAGCUCGAGUGGAUCGCCAUUCAGGAGAAGGCCAGUAUGGCUCUGGAUGUGAGCUGCUUCAACGGUGACCAGUUCUCCUGCCCGGUGCAUGCCUGGAGUACGGGGGAAGCAGUUGCUGGAGACAUUCUAAAGCACAGGGGGCUGGCCGAUGGUUGGAGAGGCUGGACAGUGGCCAUGAAGAAUGGAGUCCAGUGGGCAGAGCUGGCUGGACAUGACUAUGUGCUGGAUCUGGUGUCAGACCUGGAACUGCUCAGGGACUUUCCUCGACAGAAAUCCUACUUCAUUGUGGGUGCAGAAGGGCCUCUGGCUGGCAGAGGAGAUGCCAGAGGGGUGUUCGGGAACUGCUGGGAUUCGGAUGAGGACACACCCACAAGGCCUCAGCCCCAGGACCAUGUGCCCCAAAUGCCUGACUUUGAUGGGUACUGCAGCCACAAUGAGGACGGUACAAAUGGGGAAACUGAGGCCCAGAGAUGGACAGCACCUCGCCAAGCUGUGGACAGCACCAGAGAGCCCACGGUGCCCCCUAGGGAGCUGGAUGGCUACUUGGACAGCCUCUUCGACCCUGUGCUGGCCUGUGGGGAUGCGGACCUGGAGAAGCCGACAGCCAUCGCCUACCGCAUGAAAGGUGGGGGCCAGCCAGCUGGAAGUGGCAGCAGCGCUUCUGAGGAUACGCCCCGGAGACCCCUAGACCCCAAGGUCAAACCCAUCCCAGGCCUGGAUGCCUCCACACUUGCUCUGCAGCAAGCCUUCAUCCACAGGCAGGCUGUGCUACUGGCCCGGGAGAUGACCCUACAGGCGUUGGCACUCCAGCAGCAGCCCCCGAGUGCAACCUCAAGACCCCAGCCCCCAGAGAGACCACUAGCUCCAGAGGCACGGCCGAAGACCGUAGGCACUGGUCCCCCCGCCAAGCCCGUGCUCGUACGCCCCACUCCACAGCCGUUGGCCCCAGCCUCAGUGGCAAAGUCCCCGAAGAUCCCUAGCAAGCCCGUGGCUGCCCCCAUCCUAGCUCAGGAUUGGACUGCUCCAGAAUCCAUUUCAGCCUCCCCAGAGCUGGUUCGGUAUUCCACACUCAAUUCAGAGCACUUCCCACAACCCACGCAGCAGAUCCGAAGCAUCAUCAAACAGUGCAAGCAGCCGCCCUGGGCAGGGCGCCCGGAGGCCCGCAGAACGGAUGGUGGGAAGGUGUUCAGGAGGCCACCUGACCCCCAUGAGGAAGCCCUAAUGAUCCUGAAGGGACAGAAGACUCACAUGGCAGUAGUGCCUGGCACUCAGGUGUCCAGAGAGGCUGUGGCCCUGGUGAGGCCGGUGACCAGUGCCCCAAGGCCAUGCAUGGGGCCCGCUCCAGUGCAGCCUUCAAGGUCGCUGGAGCCUCCAGAGGAUCCUGUGCAGACACAGCUGCACCGCCUAGUCAACCCCAACUUCUAUGGCUACCAGGACGCCCCCUGGAGGAUCUUCCUGCGCAAAGAGGUAUUUUACCCUAAGGACAGCUACAGCCACCCCGUGCAGCUGGACCUCCUGUUCCGGCAGAUCCUUCAUGACACGCUCUCGGAAGCCUGCCUACGCAUAUCUGAGGAUGAGCGGCUGCAGAUGAAGGCCCUGUUUGCCCAGAACCAGCUGGACACACAGCGACCUCUGGUAACAGAAAAUGUGAAGCGGGCUGUGAUCAGCAUGGCCCGAGACAGCUGGGAGGUCUACUUCUCCCGCCUCUUCCCGGCAAUGGGCAGUGUGGGCACUGGCGUGCAGAUCCUGGCUGUAUCCCACACGGGCAUCAAGCUCCUGAGGAUGGUCCAAGGCAGCAGAGAGGCCAGCAGACAGCUUCGGGUCCUGUGUGCAUACAGCUUUGCAGACAUCCUGUUUGUGACCAGGCCAUCCCAGAACAUGCUAGAGUUCAACCUGACCAAUGAGAAGAUCAUCCUCUUCUCCGCCCGAGCUCAUCAGGUCAAGACCCUAGUAGACAGCUUCAUUCUGGAGCUGAAGAAGGAUUCUGACUACGUGGUGGCAGUGAGGAACUUCCUGUCUGAGGACCCGGAACUGCUGUCCUUCCACAAGGGUGACAUCAUCCACCUGCAGCGCCUGGAACCACCUAGAGUGGGCUACAGCGCCGGCUGUGUGGUCCGCAAGAAAUUGGUGUACCUGGAGGAGCUGCGGCGGAGAGGCCCUGACUUUGGCUGGCGGUUCGGGGCGGUCCACGGGCGCGUGGGCCGCUUUCCUUCAGAGCUCGUGCAGCCCGCCGCCGCGCCAGACUUCCUGCAGCUGCCGGCGGAGCCGGGCCGGGGCCGGGCUGCAGCCGUGGCUGCCGCCGUGGCCUCGGCAGCAGCCGCACGCGAAGUGGGGCGCCGGAGAGAGGGUCCUCCAGUCAGGGCGCGCUCCGCUGACAGCGGAGAGGACGCCGUGGCGCUCCCACCGAGCACAAUGCUCGAAUUUGCCCAGAAGUAUUUCCGAGACCCUCGGAGGCGUCCCCGGGAUGGCCUCAAGCUGAAGUCUAAGGAGGACCAGGAGUCCAAAACUCUGGAAGACAUGCUUUGCUUCACUAAGGUCCCCAUCCAGGAAUCCCUCAUUGAACUCAGUGACAGCAAUCUCAACAAGAUGGCGGUUGACAUGUUUCUAGCUGUGAUGAGAUUCAUGGGAGAUGCCCCACUGAAGGGCCAGAACGAACUGGAUGUCCUCUGCACCCUCCUGAAGUUUUGUGGGGAUCACGAGGUCAUGCGAGACGAAUGCUACUGUCAGAUUGUGAAGCAGAUCACAGACAACACCAGCUCCAAGCAGGACAGCUGUCAGCGAGGCUGGAGGCUGCUGUACAUCGUGGCUGCCUACUACAGCUGCUCUGAGGUCUUCUACCCAUACCUCGUUCGCUUCCUCCAGCAUGUGAGCUGGACCCCAGGACUGCCUUUCCAAGGGAUUGCCAAGGCCUGUGAACAGAACCUGCAGAAGACCUUGCGUUUCGGGGGCCGUCUGGAGCUCCCCAGUAAUAUGGAGCUUCGAGCUAUGUUGGCAGGCCGAAGUUCCAAGAGGCAGCUUUUUCUUCUUCCAGGAGGCCUUGAACGCCAUCUGAAAAUCAAAACAUGCACUGUGGCCCUGGAUGUGAUAGAGGGACUCUGCACCGAAAUGGCCCUGACGCGUCCUGAAGCCUUUGCUGAGUAUGUCAUUUUUGUUGUCACCAACCGAGGCCAGCAUGUGUGUCCACUGAGCUGCCGGGCCUACAUCCUGGACGUGGCUUCAGAAAUGGAGCAGGUGGAAGGUGGCUACACACUCUGGUUCCGGCGGGUGCUUUGGGAUCAGCCACUGAAGUUUGAGAAUGAGCUGUAUGUGACCAUGCACUACAAUCAGGUCCUGCCAGACUACCUGAAGGGCCUCUUCAGCAGUGUGCCGGCCAGCCAGCCCAGCGAGCAACAACUGCAGCAGCUGUCCAAGCUGGCUUCUCUGCAGCACCGCGCCAAGGACCACUUCUACCUGCCUAGCGUGCGUGAAGUUCAAGAGUACAUCCCAGCCCAGCUCUACCACACCACAGCCAGUGACACCUGGCUCAACCUGGUUAGCCAGCACCGGCAGCAGACCCAGGCCCUCAGCCCCCACCAGGCCCGUGCUCAGUUCCUGGGCCUCCUCAGCGCCUUCCCCUUGUUCGGCUCCUCCUUCUUCUUCAUCCAGAGCUGCAGCAACAUCACCGUACCAGCCCCCUGUAUCCUCGCCGUCAACCAUAAUGGCCUCAACUUCCUCAGCAUCAAGACCCAUGAGCUAAUUGUGAAGAUUCCCCUGAAGGAGAUCCAGUCUACAUGGACUCAGCAGCCCACGGCCAAUUCCAGCUACCCUUAUGUGGAGAUCUCACUGGGGGAUGUGGCAGCCCAGCGUACCAUGCAGCUCCAGCUGGAGCAGGGUCUGGAGCUGUGUCGUGUGGUGGCUGUACAUGUGGAGAGCAUGCUCAGUGCCCGGGAGGAGCGGCUUACACUGCCCCCGAGUGAGAUCACCCUGCUCUGACAUGGCCUAUCUUCUUGAUGCUUCCUGCCAGAAGAUUGCUCUGUGGCCUGAGGGUAGUAGCUGGACCUUUCAGGACCAUUGACCCCAGACAAAGGCCAGAACCUAUGAGGAGACCGAAGGAGACAGGAGGAAAAACUCAAGAACCCAACGGGACCUAUCUGGAGCUGGGAUGGAAUCACAGAUGCAGCCAAGGGUUAGUUAGCAGAAGUAACUUUUAAAGGCUGGCCUGUCAUACAGUGAGAAAUAGAGCAGGACCACCAGAAGGUGACAGGCCUCGCCUUGACUACUACCCUUGACAGGGAAGCCCCACACCAGUAGUCUAGAUGUAUUGGGGCCUGCCUUUGCUUUCUUUAAGGCUUGAUACUCAGAUCUGCUCCAGAUUCAUCCCCAGCCUUCCAUGUGUCCUUGUCAAGUGCCCACAGCCUGGAUCUGUGACCCUUGGUCGUUUCUUUGCAAAUAAGAGGUGUUCCUGGCAGCCAUGUUCUCCGUGGACCUACUCAGUGGCUGGAAAGCAAGCCUGAAAGAGGAGGGAGAGGCACAGAUGUACCAGACUCACUGCAGUGAACAGCAUUUCCAGCAGACACAUCUGCCCUUCCCCCUCUCUAAGGACCCUUGACCUCCAUUCUACAAUCUUUUGGUAGCCCCAAUCCCAGUUUCCAUCACAGGAUGGACCACCCAAAGCACAAGAGUGGGGCAGUAAAGAAGGUUCAUCACAGGCUGUAGAGAUGACUCAGCAGUUAAGAGCACUGGCUGUUCUUCCAGAGGACCUGGGUUCAGUUCCCAGGACCUACAAGGCAGUUCACAACUGUCUGUAACUCCAGUUCCAGGGGAUCUGACACCUUCACACCAAUGCACAUAAAAUAAAUAAAUAAAAAAAAAAAGUUCCAUCUCUGGGGGUAAGGGCUAGGAAGGCUGAGAAAAAGCCUUUCAGAGAUUGGUACAUUAUAACUAGAUUGUGAAGAAUGAGUAAAGUUUGCUUAGAUGGAAAGGAGAGGGUUAGACAUUCUAGAGGGAACCAUAGUUUCCUGCUGGAUUUGCAGAUGGAAGGUCUAGCCUAAAAUGAUGGCUAAUGUAAAUAAAGGAAUGCGGGUAUGUUGGUAUACAGCUGCAAUCUCAGUGCUCCAGAGGCUGAGUCAGAAGGAUCACUUCGAGUUCGAGGCCAACCCAGGCUACAUAGCAAGACCCUGUUUGGGAAAGAAAAAAAAAAGAUGCUGGGGAGAUGCCUCAGUGGUUAAAUGCAUUGGCUGCUCU